AGUUGGCUCAAUCCCUGGGGGUGGCCCCUCUGCGCCCUUCGUCCGCCUUAGAACAGUUAGGCGGAGACUUCGGCGUGGGACCCAUGUCGAAGAGCGGCACCGUCAAGACCUGGAACGACGACAAGGGCUUCGGCUUCAUCGGUCCUGAGGAUGGUGGAGAGGACCUAUUUUGCCACACCUCAUCCUUGCGGGGAUGCAAAGGCCUUGGAAAGGGAGACAAGGUGCGUUUUGAUUCCGAAUAUGAUGACCGCAAGGGCAAGAUGCGGGCGGUGAACGUGUCCCUGGAAGGAGGCGGCGGCGGUGGCGGCGGUGGGGGCUACGACGACCGCCGCGACGACCGUCGCCGGGAUGACCGUCGCGACUACGACCGGCGCGAUGACCGCCGGGAUGACCGCUAUGGGCGGGAUGACCGUGGCGGAGGCGGAAAGGGCAAAGGCGGCAAGGGUGGUGGGGAUCGCUUCGGAGGUGACAACCGCGGGGACGACAUUAGCAACGGGGGCAACCGACACUUGACGGCCCGCGAGCUCUUCAUGAGGCAUGAGCGCGAGAAGCGCAGCAGCCGUCGCUCCCCGAGCUCCUCGCGUUCGCGCUCACCACCGCCGAGGGAACGCGGCAGCCGCGCCAACUUCAACUGACAGAAAGAAAGAUCAAUGGAUGGAACAAUAGCCGAUGUCGCAGCUCGCCGGCGCAGCUGCUGUCCGCUGUCCAGGGCCGUAAAUGACCGGUGAUAGGCAGAGAUGUGAGGGUCCACCCGAGCAAACAACUCUCCACUGCGCCAGCCAACACCAUUGGGAA